AUGGUAAAGGCAGUUAAGGAAGAAUUGCCAUCUAGUAAUCAGUACGGGUGCUUUUUUCAUUUGUGUCGGUGUGUAUAUAGAAAAGUUUGUGAAUUCGGACUCAAGAGAAGGUAUGACACUGAUGCUGAGUUUUCGCUAAACAUUCGCAUGCUACUAGCCCUUGCCUUCGUUCCUGCAGAUCGAGUCGUCGAAACUUUCAGCGCACUAAUGGAUGAAAAUAUAUUUCCAGCCGAAGCUUUACCUAUUGUGGACUACUAUGAGGAUACCUGGAUUGGGCGGCCUGGCCGUAGGAAUACGCGUCGCCAAACUAAAUUUGAAAUUGAAAUGUGGUCCUGUUUUGAAAGGAUACAAGAAGAUUUGCCCAAGAUGAACAACAUAAUUGAAGGAUGGCGCCAUGAAUUUUUGGGGUAUAACAUUUCUACAGGUCUAGAACUGGAAUGA